GUACUCCUGAUGUUUGACAGCAAUCGCCAUGCCUGAAAUUGUAAAUAAAAUUGUUUAUUUGGUUACGAGAAUCACAAAAUUAAAGGGAUGUACGUGUCUUUAAUAAUUCAAGAAUUAGAAUAUUUCUAAACGCGUGUGGUGAAGUGACAAAAAAAUUGUGAUGAUAAUGAAAAACUCGUGAAAUAUUUUUUUCAUUUAUUUUCAUUAUCGAAAUAAGUUUCUUUCCCACGUAUCUGUGAAUUGUUUUCUGUUUUGAAAAUAAAGAUGACGACGUUAAAAGGCAUUUUUCCUGAUCCUAAACCAACGAGGAGAAAAAAUUUUAUACACGAAAAUGUAAAGAGUCUACGUAAAAUGGAACAGUAUUUUCAUAAUAAAAAUAUAGAAGAUUUAAAAAAUUUUCAUAUUCAUAAACAACAGAAAGUUCUGAAUAAACAUCAAAAUGUCACUUCAAAAAUAAAUGGUGGCUCUUUUAAAUUGGGCGAUGUGACAGUAAAUAAAUCGUGUUCAAAUUUACAAGAAGGAAUAAGUAAAACAGAAAAAUUUUCAAAUUCCUGUAAAAAAUUAAAUGAUACUAAUGUUUAUUGCAAGGAGGGUUUGUAUACAAAAAAAACUAAAGUACCCGAAAGGUAUAAUUCGUUGCCAAAAGAAAUUGGUAGAUAUCGUCCAAUUCCAAAAGUUGCUGUUAGACAAAAUAAAAUUAAACCCAUUGCAAAUAUUGUACAAACACAAUUUGAAGAUAGUGAAUUGAAAAAAACUGAUGUAAAACUCAAAAAUCAGGGUGUUCAAACAAUGAAUGAUGAUCAAUUGGAUAAUUUGUAUAUUGAAGGAACAAUAAGGUACGCAACAAAGAGAGAUUCAAAAAUAAAUGAAGAAAAACAAACGAUUACUACCUCUGAUAGUGGAGAUUAUAAAUCACCUAUAAAAAAUGAAAACACUAAAAUAGAUUUUAUUAAAUUAAAUAAAGAACGAACAGCUGCUGGCAAUAAAGUGAAUACAGCGAUCAAUAAUGUUGUUCCGCCUUCGAGUUAUCGUAAAGGAGUUGUUCCCAAGUAUAUUCAAGAAAGAAAAGAAGCUUUGAAAAAAGAAGAACAGGCAAAAAUUGAAGCAGCAAUUCCAUCAGAUUGUCCACCAGGACAUAUUCCAAUUCCCGAUGAUGAACGAAAGGAAUCAUUACAUAUGUUAAAAAAAAGAUAUGAAAAGUAUGUGACUGAAUUAAAUAAAUUGCCAAUAAGAAAUGAUACUUUACGAGCUCAAAGGAAAAAAAUAGAAAUUGAAAGGGAAUUAAUGAAACUUGAAGAGGGUAUUAAAGUAUUUUCAAGACCAAAAGUUUUUAUACAAGUUGAUGCGUAAAUAAAUUUCAACAUUUAAGGGACCAAUGUCAACAUCAAAUAUGUCAAUUGCACAGAAAAGGAAUCUAAAAAUAAGUAGUGAAAAAUCUACUAUCAAAUUGUUCAUUAAUACCUGUAUUUACAUACAUCACUAUUUUGUAAAUAUUUGUUUGUUCACGAAAAAAAAAAAAUUAUCUAGUCUAAUCUGUACAGCAUUAACGUGUGACAAUCUCAUUGUGGUACAAUGGAAAAAUAUAGAAUGUUAUUUUUCUA